AUGGCAUACUUUGAAUACAAUGCAGAAGCAGAGGAUGGUGCACAGUAUCUCUAUCAAGAUUUUCCGGUGCAUUUUACCUAUGACGCUAAAUCGCGUAAGUGGGCAUCCAGGAAGAAAUGUGUGGCUAUUGGACGUAUGUGGCAUUGCAAUCCUAUGAUGGGGGAGAAAUACUAUAUGCGUCUACUGUUAACCGUGAUCCCUGGCGCAAAAUCUUUUGAUUAUCUGAAAACUGUCAAUAAUGUGCUGCAUCCUACAUUCAAGGCUGCGUGCAUUGCCCUUGGCUUAUUGGACGAUGAUCAAGAGUGGGUGCAGUGCUUUACUGAAGCGAGCAUAUUCUCGAGCGGAUAUUCCCUCCGUACACUAUUCACGACUGCUUUGCUGUUUGGCAACGUCACCGAACCUCUACAAUUAUGGGAAAGAUUCAAGUCAAAUAUCUGCGAUGACUUACCCCGAGCUAUGGAAAGGAACACAGGUCUCAUUAUACCUCCCGAACUUCCAGAUGCCCACCUGGACUAUGGCCUCUACCUGAUAUCACAGAUUCUUGCCGACUCCAACAGAACGCUUAACGACUUUGGAUUGCCCCUGUACACAGUGGAUUGGGACCGAACAGGUGGGAAUGAGAUGGUUGCAUCAGAGCUCAGAUACGAUAUCAUUGCAGAAGCAGCAAGCCUACAACUGAGGUUCGCACAACUCAAUUCGGAUCAGUUGGAAUGCUUUAAUACUAUUACACACAGUGUUGAAGAACUUACGUCAGCCCUAUUCUUCAUUCAAGGCCCAGCAGGUACAGGAAAAACAUUCCUGUACAACGUCAUCUGCAAUCAUUUCCGCUCAGAGGGUAAGAUUGUGCUUUGUGUUGCCUCUUCUGGCAUUGCGGCACAAUUGCUCCCGGGGGGCAGAACAUCCCAUUCCAGGUUCAAAAUUCCAAUUGCUAUCCAUGAGGGAUCAACGUGUGACAUAAAACGUGGCAGCCUGUUGGCCGGUUUAAUUCAAAAGACCGCGCUGAUUAUAUGGGAUGAGGUACCCAUGCAGAAUAAGUAUUGCUUUGAAGCGGUCAGCCGGACCCUGAAUGAUAUAUGUGGUGUGGGAGAUAAUUGCCUGUUUGGAAAUAUUCCAGUUGUACUCGGAGGGGAUUUUGCACAGAUUUUACCAGUUGUGCAAUGCGGUAAUCGGGCUCAGAUAGUGCAGGCAUGCCUAGAACGAUCUUCUUUAUCGCAGCACUUCAAAAUAUUAAGACUCAAAAUCAAUAUGCGGGUCCGCAAUGGCUUUGAAAAUGAGGAGUUCGUGGCUUGGCUUGAGCAGAUGAGCCAUGAUUCCCGAUGGUAUGGCAGAAUAACUCUGCCACCAUACAUCCAGAGCUGUAAAACAAUUGAGGACAUUUGUAUGCAUGUAUUCCCGCAGCAUAUAAUUGAAUCAGCCCCGACCAACUACACCGCAUUCUCCAAGCGGGCGAUUCUGGCGAUGAGAAACGAUACAGUCGCCGAGUUCAAUGAUAGAGUUCUACAGCAAAUUCAAGGCGAGGUGCAUACGUACUAUUCAGCAGAUACCGUUGACAGCGGAAAUUCAGAAGAGAAUGCAAACCUCUUACCUCCGGAAUAUCUGCAGGGUCUGAAUCCAUCUGGCCUCCCACCGUCAAUUAUCAAACUAAAGGUGGGAGCACCAAUAAUUCUUCUACGAAAUCUAUUUCCAAAGCAAGGUCUCUGCAAUGGUACAAGAAUGAUGGUAACUAAACUGGGUGUCCGGUGCAUCGAAGCCAAGAUUCUGAGUGGUGAGUUUGAUGGGGAGCCAAAAGUUAUACCACGUAUACAGCUAUCGUCCACUGAGGGAGAUUUACCCUUCACAUUAAUGAGGAGACAGUUGCCCAUUCGGCUAUGCUUUGCAAUGACUGUCAAUAAAUCGCAGGGUCAAUCACUGGAUGUUGUUGGUGUUGACUUGAGGUCUGAUUCCUUCACUAACGGGUAG